CAGGAUCGCUUGCACCACGGAAGUUAUCUCUCCAUCAUCGGAUGUUACAGAUCAUUAUCUCGUGCAAUUUGCAAUCGCACAUCGACGCCUAAAACUUACGUCACUCGCGAAAAAUUUGCAUCGACGGCUAUAUCACUUCAUUAUAUUCUUCGUCGCAAACAUCCAAUUUUUUUGUUCAAUUAAACACUCGUCUUAAUUAAAUAAAAAUAUCUAAAAAGAGAUAUUCGCGAAAGAUCUUGAGAGAAUUUAUUCGAUAUUGCGCACAGAUUUAUUUUGGUUUAUUUUAAACGCACACAUUCUAGUGGACAUAUAUAGUGAACGUCGUAAACGCCGGUGACACCCAUAAAACAUGCACAAUUACCACGAAGAAUACACGUGUGUGCGCGUUUUGCGCAUAUACUGCAUCGAGAAUGCGAUUCACUCGCAAAUUACACUUAAGUAUUUACGGCGAAUUUUUUUGUCGACUGUAAUUCUUAUUAUUCUCGCCCGGAUACAAACCGCCACUUUAAUAAGGCGGAUCGUCGUAUCCUCAUCAUCUUCGAGAAUAAGAAUUAUUUGUCCGCUAAAGAAUUACACUGGAAAGGAUUAUUCUGGAUACAAUGCGCUCGUCUAAGUGACCUAAAGACCUAAAUAUAGAAUCCGUAAAAAUUUCUGGCAAAGCACGAUGAAACGCAGACGGAACAAAAUGAGACAUAGCAGUUCCUGGCCCGAUCGAGCACCGAAAACAGUGAAGAUGCGUAUCGAUCCUUUAUCUCGUGCCUUCACUAUUAUCCCGGCAAGCCGCGAAACGUUAUAUCGUUUGGAACAAACUUCGAGCAAAUCCGAUUGCCUGGAAGAAGUCAUUCUCCUAGAUCGAUACUCCUCUAAAGGAAUCGCGUCUGUGAUGAUAAAACGAAAGUUAAUCGAUGGAAAACCUAUAUCUAUAAAUAACAAACCCGCGAGCACCGUUGAAAAUUCAUCUGACGUAAUAAAUAACGAGACGAAAAGUAGAAAAAAUGCCAAUCGAUAUUUUAUGCCACGUAGUCUUUCAUCAAUCGAGACUACUGCAAUUAAUCAAAACGCUGUUAUUGUGUUGGAAGAAAAUAUUUUCCGAGAUCAAUUAAGAUGUAAAUCAGAUUUUUUCGCGAAGAACGACGAAGCAAAAAAUACAGAGGACAUUAAAAAAGCAUCUCUGCUGAGAACGACGUCGGAUACGACGGAUAUCGCCAAGUUAUUUCCGAAACAUGUCCAAGAGGAGCCCGUAAAUACAGCGACACGACUGACAAACAAAUCCCCUUCGUUCGCGGAGACUAACGCCUUUGAUGUAAUAGUAAACGUUGCAGAUGAGAGCUUGCAUGCAGCCAGGAUCGCGCAAAUAGAUAAUUCACAAACACGAGAGACGAAUGGGGUGAGGAUGGAGCGUCAGACUGCCAUCUCGCCCGCAUCCUCACCGAGACAGGCUACGUCAUCGCCGCCGCAUAUCAAGGUGGACGACUACGACGAUUAUGCGACAUCCGUUUCAUUCUCGUCGAAAGGGGAUUAUCACGCCUGUCCAAAGUGCACGUCCGAAGGUCUCCUUCGCUCGCAAAUCGAUCCCUUCUGUUCACCGUCGCGAGGCAAAAAAAACGACGACGCGACGGAGGUGAAAGCGCACGGUUUUCGACGCGAUGACUCGAUCAAACACGAGAAAAAGGAAGGGUACGAUAUACGUCAAAAUAAAGAUAUCUGGUACGCGGGAUGCUUAAUCGGAGAGGCAAGAAAUGCGAAUGGCAAAAAAUUGCCUCGGCAAAAUAAAGACGACGGCUUGUUGCCAGCACGACCGGCUAUAGACUUCAGAAAGGAGGCUACUCUCAAGCGACAUUACUAUCCCGAGGGAGGUUGGGGAUACGUCAUUGUCACGUGUUCGGUGCUGGUGCAUUUUAUCGGGGUGGGUCUGCAACUUGCCGCGCCCGGAUGUUGGCAUACCACGGCGGAACGAAAAUUUCGACAUCCUCCACUGCAUAGUGCAGGAUGGCUGGGGGCAAUGUCGACGGGUGUAGCCCUGCUGGUUUCGCCGGUGACGAUAGCGUUUUGCCGAAGAAAAAGCACAAGAGUCACGGCAGUUUUGGGCGGCCUCGUUACCGCGCUCGGCUGUCUCUUCACUUCCUUCGCCUCGCAGUUCCACCAAUUGUUCUUCAGCUACGGCACCGUAGUCGGGAUAGGGGUUGGAAUGACGCGAGACUGUAGCACACUGAUGGUGGCACAAUAUUUUAAAAGGAAGAGAGAAUUGGUCGAAAUUUUCAUCGUAUCAGGAAGCGGCUUGGGUAUAGCGGUCAUGUCUGCUUUUAUAAAAGGAGCAAUCACGGCAAUCGGAUGGCGACUCGGUCUUCAAGCUGUCACAGGAGUGGUUUUUCUCACUUUUAUUCUUGGCACUUUUUACCGUAGCGCUUCAUUAUACCAUCCUCAACGAAGAGCAAUCUUACAUUUAAAGAAUCAAAAGCGUAAAAUAAAAGACAAAAACAAGGCUGAUGACAGGCCACCAUUUUUCGAUUUUAGCACUUUGAAGAGUAAAACAGUGAGGAUUCUCUUAGUGUCAACCGGAAUUUCGGCGUUUGGGAUCAACACGCCAAUAUUUUAUCUGGCGCAUCAAGUCGAGGAGGAAGGUCUCGGGGAUGCAGUCGUCUUGUUGCAAGCUUAUCUCGGACUAGCUUGGACUCUCGGCUGCGUAGCAUUCGGACUUUUGGUCGUUCAUCGCAGCGUCGAAUGCAGGAUAGCCCGCCAAUAUCUCACACAAGCGGCCGUUUUCGUAUGCGGACUCUGCAUUCUCGCUCUCACCGCCGUUCAAGGAAAUUACCACGGAUAUGUUAUGUUCGCGUGGAUUUACGGUAUUUUUUGCGGCGGCUAUCAUUAUAGCCUGAAGAUGUAUACGUACGAAAGGGUGAGAGCACGAAACUUUGCCAGAACAUGGGGUUUCGUCCAAUGCUCUCAAGCGAUACCAAUUGCGAUCGGAGUGCCAAUAUCGGGAUAUAUAAACGUAGGCUGCGGCGGUAAGGCUGGCUAUUACUUCAGCUCAACAUGCGUCUUAGUUGGCAGUUUCACUCUCUUCUUCAUCGAUUUGCAUAGAAGAAAUUUGUCCAAACAUAAACAUAGAGUUAAUGGUACGAAACAUACAUGCGCUUCGGAUAACUGUCCUCAACGACGAAAGCCGUCAUUCAGUCAGGAACCCGAGAACGAAGGACCUCAUGUGUCCGCUGCUGGAGCAGCCGGAGCAACAGCCGCAGCACUCGUCUUAGGAGCUGAUAUUGUGCCAAUACAAGGUGAAACAAUAAACGCUUUGGGAUCAAAUAAACCGGAGCUCACAUGUAUCUCAGAGGAAGGUAUCGCCGACAUGGAUUUACCCGACAAUCUACUAGAGGAUCUUGAUUAUAUAGGAGACUGCAUAACCUCGUGUAACAAGGUCGAGAACUAUCUCAUGCUUUCAGAAUUCGAGAAUAAUUUAAUCGCCGAGGUGCCGAUUAUUAUGGAUCGCCGCGGACGCAGAUGGUCCUUGGCGCGAUCCAAAACUAUUCAAUCUAAUUGUGGUCAGACUAGCGGUGUGCAAUCGACAGCUGACGAAGAGGAAGUUAAACCGAAGUGGCGUUUCAUGAAUGUACCGCCUAAUGCUAAUACCAGAAUGAUCACUGUCAUCGACGAGGCCAGCGCGUAAUUACGAGUUACAAACAAUAUAAAGUUAUUAAUCCUAAACUUGAUAAGAUUUGAAAAAAAUAAAUUUUAAAUAAUAAAUGAAAAAAUAAGCAGAAAUUUACAAAUAGGAGGAAACGUAUAAUUUUAGCGUAUUUUUAAUGUAAUCUUUUUGUAAAAUACUUAAUCUAUAAAACUAAAAUUAACCUGAAAA